AUGGUUAUUAAAUCGCCGUUUCGUCCCGUCCCGGUCCUGCCAAAUAUUAACGUUCACGACUUCAUAUUCAACAAUCCGAAAUGGGACCCCAACGCCAGUUUCCCUAUCUUUGUUGAUGGUCUCACCGGACAGGAAGUAUCGAGGAAGGACUUCUUGGAGAGAGUACGUGAUGGAGCCACUGCGCUCAGCGCCCCGACUAUUGAUGGAGGCGUUGGCAUUGGUCAAUAUGAACAAGAAAUAGUUGGUAUUCUCGGCCAUAAUGCGGUGGAUUACAUCACACUUCUCCAUUCACUUCUAGUCAUUGCGACCCCUUUUGCGCUGUUAUCUGCCUUUGCAACGUCGUACGAGCUCGCUCAAGCCCUCCGCACUUCCAAAGUUACCCGCCUGUUUGUUCAGCCCUCGUUCCUUCCGACAGCUUUACAGGCUGCGCGCGAGGUAGGCCUGCCCGAGGAUCGUAUUAUCGUAUUCGCCGAGAGGUUUGGGGGGAGGCAAAGCUUUCAUGACCUCAUCGACAAUGUACGGGCGCGGAGAAUUCCUAGAGUGCCUGUCAAACCUGUUAGCAAAGAUACACUAGCAUAUUUGGUAUUUUCCAGCGGGACAUCUGGAUUACCAAAGGCUGUCAUGAUAUCUCAUGGAAAUGUUUGCUUUUCUCUGGCGCAAAAUGCCGUCGCGCUCCAAGAGAUCAACCAGCCAGCACCCGCCGGUCCCGUCAAAGUAUUAGCGUUCCUCCCAAUGUAUCACUCCUAUGGUCUACAUAUGUUUGGUAUCCGAGGAUUCUGGUCUCCUUUAACAUUCAUUCUUAUACCCAAAUGGGACCUCGACGUCUUAUGCAAGGUGGUCCCACAAUAUCACAUUCAUGUGCUUAUCAUGGUUCCGUCUACGAUUCAUCAAUUGGUGCACGACAAGAGGUUUCGUGCAGACAUUUUCGCUUCCGUUGUUUCUAUCGCAUCUGGUGCUGCGCAGUUGCCUCCAGCUCUUCCGCAGCGCUUGAAAGAUGUCCUUGGAGGGAACCUGGAGAUUUCCGAGGGAUUUGGCAUGUCUGAAGUAACAAUCGGCGCUAUGCGGGGGACUUCUCCUGAGAUGUUUGGUGGCAAGAUACCUCCGAUUGUUGGAGCACUAGGUGUUCUUCUGCCGGGUAUGGAGGGACGCAUUGUCCGAGAAGAUGGCUCAGAUGCCGAGUUUCACGAGCCAGGAGAACUUUGGCUAAGAGGUGAAAAUGUCGCAUUGGGUUACUGGGGGAACGAAGAAGCUACCCGUAAGACAUUUGGGCCAGAUGGCUGGUUGAAAACGGGAGACCAGCUGAAGAUAGAUGAGCUUGGAAGAUUUUACUUCGUAGAUCGAGCCAAGGAUACUCUCAAAAUUUCUGGCAUGCAAGUCUCACCGAGUGAGAUUGAAAAUGUGUUGAUCGCCCAUCCGAACAAGCUGAUUACCGAUAUCUGUGUCGGUGGUGUGCCGGGCUCCCGGGCAGCAGAUGAGAAAAUUCCGAGAGCGUGGAUUGUGCUCAGUGAGGAAGGUCGGAAGCGUGGGCUCGCCCAGGUCAUUAGAGAACUAGAUGCUUGGUCCCGGAAAAAUCUGAGCAAGUAUAAGUGGCUCCGCGGAGGCAUAGAGGCAAUCAAUGAGAUACCAAAAUCACCGACUGGAAAAGUGCUUCGCCGCGUACUGCAGGACCGCUACGAAGAACAAACGCGGCAGGCGGCAAGAGCGAAAUUAUGA